AUGCCGGCUGGCGCCGCCCUCGAGUUAGAUGGGCCUCCGACUGUACCUUUGUGUUUCUCCAACAACUUCUGGGGACGAGAAGAUGCCGGAGUCGAGCCUCUAUUGACACGAAUGCAAAAUGCCCGAACCACCUGCGACGAAGUCAAAGCCUUCUAUAACGCGCGCGCCGCCCUCGAGGAAGACUACGCCAAGAAGCUGAUCGCCCUGUCUAGGAAACCUCUGGGAAGUACCGAACAGGGUACAUUACGAGCAAGCCUCGAUGUGGCCCGUGGAGAAACCGAGUCGAUGGGCAAGCAGCAUGCAUUGAUUGCCCAUCAAAUGAGAACCGAGCUGGAGGAGCCGCUGGCGGCGUUCUCUGGAGGCAUGAAAGAGCGCAGGAAGAUUGUGCAGAAUGGAAUCGAGAGACUGCUAAAGACCAAACAACAACAGACUGCACAUGUCUAUAAAAGCCGAGACAAGUACGAGCAGGACUGCUUGCGUAUCAAAGGCUAUCUUGCUCAGGGACAUAUGGUCAUGGGUCAAGAGGAACGUAAGAACAAGUCAAAGUUGGAAAAGACCCAGAUAAACAUGGCCGCAAACUCGAAUGAAUAUGAGAUGGCAGUCAAAGUUUUGGAGGAAACAACCGCCCGAUGGACGAAAGAGUGGAGAGCAGCAUGUGAUAAGUUUCAGGAUCUGGAAGAGGAGCGACUUGACUUCACAAAGUCCUCGCUCUGGGCCUUUGCAAAUAUUGCUUCAACAGUAUGUGUCUCCGACGAUUCUUCAUGCGAGAAAAUCCGUCUGGCUUUGGAGAAUUGUGAGGUUGAAAAGGACAUCAUCACCUUCAUCAAGAGUUGUGGAACCGGCCAGGAUAUACGUGGUGCUCCUCGUUAUAUCAACUUCUGCCGUGGGGAUGCCGAUGCGGCCUCGGAGAUUGAUGAAGAUGACAACUACACAGUCGCCCAAUACUCAAGAACCACCAACCCAGCUUUCAGAUCUUCAUCUCCCACACAUUCUCAUGCCGCUACCAGAAGCACUCGGGACGACACUCCUCAGCGUAUGUCCGAAGAGCCAACGGGUCCGGGCGAGGACGAUAUGCCAACUCCAUCCAAUGCCAACAGUGGGCGGCCUGCUCCGUUGAAUUACAAACAACCAACGCCUAAUGUGCCACCGAACUAUUCUCCUCAACAGCAUGGUCAUGUUCCAAGUGUGCCACAUAAUCAAUAUCCCACUGAUGGGAUGACCAUGUUCUGCAGAACUGAUCUUCCCCCCUCGGUGAAUGGUUCUGCAUUGUCGUCCAACACUCGACCAGAAAGUAGGGACAGCCAAAGUGAGUAUUCGGCUCCUAGCUCAUUCACGAGUGCAGAACCUACUUCGGGAGCCACUUCUCCGACCAAGAUGGCCCCGAUCAAUGGAAUUCCAUUACCAGGCAUGACAUCUCCAGACAAAAGUGUGGUGAAGAAGAGAUCAGGCUUCUUUAAUAGCCCAUUCAGACGAAAAUCACGGAAGGAACAAGAAAACCCAGUCACCAAUAGCUCUUCGAAUCGGAACACGUGGAAUCUUUCUUCAUCAGGCAACGGUCGAAUCAACCUCAAUCCAACAGUAUCUAGCACACAAUCUAGUCCGACAAAAUCUCCGACUCGUCAGAUCCAGAAUCCAUUCAACAGAAAUGCCAGUGCUGUGGCUCCUGAAGGGGAAGAAGCCGCAGAUCCUCGAGCUAGCUUUCAGCUGAAUGUUGGGAACAACGUUUUUGAUGUAGCCAGUCCUGAUGGUCAACAGUCCACACCCAAGUCGAGUGCACAGAACAGUCGCCGAAGUCAGUUCCUUCCACCCUCGUCUAUCGGAGAUGACAUGCACGAUCCAAUUGCACGAGCCCUUGCAGAUCUCAAGAAUACCUCUGGUAGCACAGGAAUGUCUAAACAAGCUAGCACAAGAGUUGCAGUUGAUCGUUACCAUGGAGUAGCAACUCCAGCUCCAGAUCAAGAAGUGGCCACAAGACCAGCAAUCAUGAGUGCGGAAAGUCAGGCUAGAAUGGCGGCUCAACGUGGGACGCCACCUCCAGCGUAUGAUACUUCAGGAGGAAGAGCUCAAAGUGCUCUGGGAGUUCCUCAGCCUGCUCACACUAAAAAGGAGAUGUUGAAUCGAACGCAAACCUGGGGAACUGACUCUGUUGUUUCGGCUCCCAGAGGAAGCCAGCAAUCAAGACCUGGAACACGUGAUGGACGAAGAAGCCCGGGUCCCGGGAUGAUGAGGGCUGCCAGUCCACAACCUCAGCAAUAUCAACAGCGGUCAAGGAGUCCAGCUCCCGGCAUGGUCGCUCGAGGUGCAAGCCCACAACCUCAACAAUACCGGUCUCGAAGUCCAGCACCUGGAAUGCAGCGAGCAGCUAGUCCAAACCCUCAAAACUAUCAGCAAAAUCCCAACAUGCGCGCCCGUAGCCCAGCCCCUGGAAUGAUGCAUCAGAACUCAGGUUCUCAAAGCUCCCAAUAUCGGGCAGCCUCCCCGAAUCCCCACGCCAGACAACCUAGAGGUCCACCAAACCAAGCGUCACGGCAAGGAAGUGGUAUGGAGAUGCAACUCAGCUCACAAGAUGUAACGAGGUACGAUGGAACGGGAAGUGGACGUAACAGACAGAACAUGAGACCAACCUCCAGCUUUGGUGGUGAUCGUUACCAACAGCCUCAGAGUCAGGGGUAUGACAAUGGUAGAGAUCCAAGAGGCAGAGGUAGUGUUGAAAUCGAACUACGCAGAGAGAGGAGCAAGAGCCUGGCCAACAUUCCAUUCAGACCAGCCCCACAACAACAAGCCCCGUUGUACUAUGCACGUGCAAUGUAUUCAUAUCCAGCGGCGAUCCCAGAAGAACUCAGUUUCAGCAAAGGAGACAUCCUCGCCGUCAUGAGACUACAGGACGACGGUUGGUGGGAAGCAGAGGUGAAGGAAAGCGUCAAGGGUGUAAGGGGAGGUGGGAUUGGUCUCGUGCCGAGUAACUAUCUCCAGCGCUGUUGA